UUUUUAUUCCCGUUUCCCUGUCAGGGGUGGUUCGGGCCUCGAGCAUCUUCCCGAUCCUGAGCGCGGCGCUGCUGCUGCUGGGCGGGGUCUGCGUGGCCGCCAGUCGCCUGCGCCGCGCCCGCACCAGCCUCGUCCUCGGCGCCGGAAUCCUCUUCGUCGCCGCCGGCCUCAGCAACAUCAUCGGGGUGAUCGUGUACAUCUCCUCCAACACCGGCGACGGCUCCGUGGGGCUGGGGGGGCCCGUGGGGGGGGGGCCGGGGGUCGUGGGGACCCCCCCUCGCCCCCCCGGCCGCCCCCCCCCCUCCUACUCCUACGGGUGGUCCUUCUACUUCGGGGGCCUCUCCUUCAUCCUGGCCGAGGCCAUCGGGGUCCUCGCCGUCAACCUCUACAUCGAACGGCACCGGAAAGGCCCCCGGGGGGGCUCCGGGGGGUCGUCGGGACCCCCCCCUUCCCGGGGAGACCCCCCCCC